AUGAGGCUCUCUGGCUGGGCCCCAUGGUGUGUGCCAGGCCCCAUGGUGCCUCUGCUCCUGCUGGUCCUGCUCUGUGGAGGUUGCCAGAUCCAGUCUGCUCCUCAGUGUUUCCGCAGCAGCAGCAGUGAGAACGUGUAUCUCUGUGAAUGGAACUCCAGCGCUCAGAACCACGUCAUCCACUUCGGAAAAGAAAAACAGUUCCCUGUAGUUGGAGAGAACUGCAUCAUGGUCAGAGAAGAGAAAGUGUUCACCAGCUCAGAGGGCGAGGUGUGGGUAGAGCCGGAGGGGAGACCGAGCUGUGCCUCCCCCAAGAUCAACAUCACACUGGCUCACACAAUCAGGUUCGACAGGCCGCAGAGACUGUCCGUGCGAUGGUCCCAGGAUAACCUCACUCUAAGCUGGAGCGCUCCAGAGAAAACCAGGGCCGCAGUCGAGAUCAGGCACCAGGAACCCUCAUACCAGUGGAGGACGCACUGCACACGUCACUGCGCCAGAGAAAAGCAGCACCAUGGAACCUUCUGGAACCGAGGCCUGGUCCUGCGGCAGAGCCCGGUCCAGACCUCUGUAGUCCAGACUACACCUGAAUUAGACGGAUCCCAAAGUGAUUAA